GGUAUAUGAGGCCUGCUUUUUCAAAUAUGUGAUGUGAUAUAGUGUUCUACUGCGUGCAAAUAUGAAUCAGAAACGUAAAACUCUUAUUCAUGGGUUGUUGGUGGUGCUUGGAGCGUUCUCAGUCCAUUUUAGCUUGGGACAUUUCUAUACUAUUUCUAAUAUGGCACCAUAUAUCAUAUCCUACAUAGCUGCGAGAGUUGACAGCAAUAUUACUAACCGUGAAGCUGUGUGGUUGUCUGCUCUUGGCCUGGGUUGUCAAGGCCUGGGCAUGCCGCUAGGUGGUAUGGUUGCAAUGAGAUUUGGACCCACAGUUUCUAUGAUUUUGACUUUGCUUACAGGCAGUGGCAGUAUUCUACUAACAUAUGUCACUAUACAAAAGACAUUCAUCGGAGUAGUUUUCACAGUUGGUAUAAUAUUUGGACUGGCAAUGGGAAUUGGGUAUUCAGUAGCAAUAGCUUGUGCUGUAUCUUGGUUCCCACAUAGAAGAGGAUUAGUUGUUGGAAUAAUUGUUGGUGGAUUCGGUUUGGGAUCCCUAAUUUUCACACCAAUUCAAACUGCAUUCAUCAACCCGACUAACAUAAAUGUCGAUAAAGUUACUAGGCGUUUUACUGAUGAAGAACUUCUUGAUAGGAUUCCAUAUGCAUUCUUGGUACUUGGUUCAAUACUGGCAGUGUUACAGUUGUUAGGGUGUAUACUAGUUCGUAUGAAGCCAAAACCAAAAGAGGAAGAAGAACGAGAAGAAGCUCAGAAUGGUACAUCAUCGGAACCAAAGGCUGAAAAACUCGUGGCAGAUGGUGAACAGGCAAAACCUACUCAUGUCGUUGAAGUGAAUGUUUCACCUAAGAAGCUGUUACGUUACGUCGACUACUAUCUCUUGCUUACAAUGAUGUUCCUAAAUUGUUUUCCAACAUCUGUCCUUACAAGUUCCUUAAAAAUAUUUGGACAAACCCAUAUAACCGAUGAUAGAUUUUUAUCAUCUAUAACAGCAAUAACUUCGCUUUUCAACUGUGGUGGUCGUGUUGCUUGGGGUGUAGUCGUAGAUCGGUUCUCAUUCAAGAUACCUAUUUGUAUCCAGUUGUGUAUAUGGGGAAUAUUCCUAUUCACUUUUCCACUGAUGUCAUAUGCAUCUGGAGUCUUGCUAAAAAUUGUGUUUACCAUAUGGGCAUGUUCCUUAUUUUUCUUUCUUUCCGGCGUAUUUUCCAUGAUGCCAGCUGCAACAGGAAGUAUAUUUGGUCCAAAAAAUUUAGCUGUUAACUAUGGCUUGGUUUAUCUUGGCUUUGCAUUUGGAUCAAUACUGUCUCUACUGGUAACUCUUUUCUGGAAGGCAACUCCAGAAGUUUUCUUUGGUGUCUCUGGAUGUGUGUGUUUGAUGACUCUUUCUUUGGCUAUAUGGCUUGAUGAUAAAAAGGUGCCAAAUCGCCUGUCAUUUAUGAAGUGGUUUUCAAAUCAUUGUUUGACCUAUCGAGUUACUUCGGUAUCUUGAGUAGACAUAGAUCAAGAGACGUGAAGAAUAUAAAAUAUCAGGUAUUCAAAAGGCUAUCAUCAAAAAUAUUCAGUUACUUAGUCUGCAGAUAAAUAUGAAUUCUUCAUAUUAGUUACUUUUUUCCCUAAUGAUUAAUAAAUAUAUAAUCUUUUCCGUUACAAAUUUUCUAUUAUAUACUUAGAACUUUUUACACUGAUUAUUUUAUGAUCUUGGAAAUUCAAAAAUAUAUCCUUAAUUUUCCAAAAUUGUGAAAUAAUGAAUUGUGAGCAUGUUUCAUAGGCAGUUUUGAUUAAACUCUUUAAGGAUACUUAUAUAUACAUAUAUGAUGCAAAUUAACAAAAUAUUUGAAUUUUAUAUCAAUCAUUUCUGUUUUUAUUCAUAUGAUUUUCUACAUUUAUAAUAUUCCAAGACAUAUGAUGUCGAUCAGCUUCUUUCUUGAGAAACUUCCCUUAUUCCUAGUAGAUAUUCUUGAAACUCAAAUCAAAGUGUAUAUUGAAAUUGAAAUAAUUUCCAUGUAUUCGUUUCCACAUUUAGAAUAACUGUUCUGAUCAUUAACAUACUGAACUUGAUUAAUCAUUUGGAACAUUCUAUGUUCAUGAAAUUGAGCAGCACAAAAACAACAAUUGUAACAGGAUAAUAUGAGCUUAUUCUUAUUAUUUAAGGAUUCUUGUCAAC